AUGGCCGCACCCAACACAACCGGCACCGGCCAAGUAGACCUCGCCAAACGCACGCCGCGAGACUUCAAAGCCACAGAGAACUCUCGUCCAGACUGGGACCAUGAGCGCCCCUUCACCUGGACCAAAACCCGAGAACCCGACUGGAAAAUCGGACAAGGAGCCAAUCUCGCCCCUGAAAAGAAAUCCGAAAUCAGACAGAUUCCCAUCGAUCCCUUCGAACCCGGACGCGAUCCCGCAUACAACUACCGUCUCAUCACUUCCGCCGUCAUCCCCCGGCCCACAGCGGUAGUCAGUACGAUUUCCCAAGACGGGGAGAAGAGCAAUCUGGCGCCGUACAGUUUCUUCCAAGCCAUGUCACACGACCCGCCCACCUUCGUCGUGGCACACGCGACGAAUGCCUCGGGCGCGAAGGAUUCCCUGCGGAAUCUGCGGGAGACGGGGGAAUGCGUGCUCCACGUGCUGACGGAGGAGAUUCUGGAAGCGAGCAACGCGUGCGCCAUGAACACACCCUACGGCGUCUCCGAAUGGUCGCUCUCGGGCCUCACGCCGGCUCCCUGCAAGCACGUCCGGCCCAGUCGCAUUGCGGAGGCGGUGUUUGCGGUGGAAUGUAAGCUGGUCGCGGAGCAUGCGAUCUCGAGUCGCAGUCAGGAGGGAAAGGUGAGUAAUGUGAUUACGAUCUUGGAAGGGGUGAGGUUUUGGGUGAGGGAGGAUUGUGUGGAUGAGGAGAGGAAAUAUAUCGAUCCCGCGAAGUCGAAGCCGAUUGGGAGGUUGCAGGGGAUUUCGUAUGGGAGGGUCACGGACGGGUUUCAGAUUCCGUGGCCGGAUUGGGAGGAAAUUAGGGAGGGGGCGGAGGCGGAGGGGAGGGUUAAGGGGAAAGAGGACGGGCAGUAG